UUCAAGCAGUCCUGACUGCUGCUCAAGAUCUCCAGGCUUAUCACUCCGUCCUUAAAGAUCGCAAAGUGAACUCAAACGAGAUGUUUCCGUCGCACCGUAGUUGUUACCCUACGCCGUACAUGUGUCAGCCAUCUUUUCACCCAGCUUUACCGAGCUAUACUUCAGCAUUUUAUCCUCAAUGGGGUCGAACUGGCUUCGCUCUGAACUGCCAUGGCGGAGGAAUAUUCUUCCGUGAACAAGAGCCACUCCCAAAACCUCCUUACUCAUAUGUGGCUCUCAUCUCCAUGGCCAUCAAACAAGCGCCAAACGAAAAAAUUACACUCAGUGGAAUUUAUCAGUUUAUCACGGAGAACUUUCCGUAUUAUCGCCUUAACAAACGAGGCUGGCAAAAUAGCAUUCGACACAACUUGUCGUUAAACAAAUGCUUCGUGAAAAUACCUCGCGAGCGCUCCGAUCCCGGAAAAGGAUGCUACUGGAGUUUGGAUCCGUCUUACGAGGAAAUGUUCGAGGAAGGAAAUUUCCGAAGAAGGCGAAGGAGACAGAGAAAUUACCGCGGAAAGGAAGAUGAAGAUGACGAAGGAGAUGAAGACAAUGGAAUUUCGACAGAGUUGGAGGCAUGCUCAAAGGAGAACGACAGUUUGCAAGGACACGCCGCUAAAAACCCUCUAAAGCAAGAUGGACGAGCCGUAAAGACGACUGCUCAAGACUUAAUUCAUUCACCUUCGGCAAAAAGUCCUUGUAUGGAGGAUUCUUCCACAGGCGAUCAAAGCGAAGCGCAGAGAAACAUACCUGUAAAUCAGGUGAAGCAAGAGCCUUGGGCAAUAGAGCCAAUUCACCCUUUUAGUAUUGCAAACAUAUUAGGGAAUAAGCAAGCGAAAGAGAGGAGGGAACAGAUAAUGAACGAAACCACCUCGAUAAACGAGAACACUGUCGGAGCGCAGACGGUUUCAGAUUUGGUUAAGAUUUCAUCUUCACGCGUAGACGGGAAUUUUCCUGCUCCAAGAUUCAGCGUUCCCACAGACUACAGCAGUCCUGUGAAGGGAUUCUGUAACAAUUGCACAGCUUUAACCUGUAACAGCACAGGAAUAAACUCUCAUUCUCUCAACGUUUACAGUUCAGUUUGGACUGUUCCUGGUUCGCCGCGUUCGAGCGGAUUGUGUAGUCAGUGUACCUGCCUGAACUGCCGCACUCUUGGUUACUAACACACGGUGACUAUCUUAAGCAUGUGUGAACCGACAUGAACAAGAGCUGGACAGUUUUAGAUUUUUUCUUGAUUUGUGGUUAUAAACGGUUUUAAAGCGAUAGCGCACGAACGCGAGGCUAACAGGAUCACGUCUGAUCAGCCCUAGUUACUAAGCGUGGCUAAUUGCAACUAAACGAAAAGUUACCGUUUGUGCCAUUUUGCUGAUAAUUGGACAAAUCUGUUGCCCACAACAUUUAAAACUCGUAGAUCACCCGAAAGAUUUGUAACUAAACUUCCCAGGUAUUGCGUCUUGAAGCGAAAUUUGGGAAACACAUAACUGCGGAUGAAUCUUCCUUGAAAAUAUGUUUUGAUCAGAAAAAUCGCAUCAGUUCA